CAUCCUGUAUAAAACAGCUCGGUUUUAUCAGUAAUUACCUAGAUAUCGUGAGGCUAAGAUGGAGCACUUUUGAAACAUUUGACGAGAGUCCAAAAAAAGUUAACCAAUGAAAAACGUUCUUCUAUCGCCAGCUGCAUGAGAAUCGAAACCAUUUCUGACUUGAUUCAAAAGUGUAGCCACUUCGUGGUAAGUACCAUGCAGAUGCAAUCACGGUAUUUACGUGAGAACUAGCAAAGUGAUGAAACUGUAUCCUCGAGUUGUUCAAUAUGCCUGACGACGAGAAACUAUGGCCUGAACCUGCUCCAAAUUGGCCCCAAGCGAAAAAUGUUUGGAAGUGGUGCUGGCCAUUCCACGUUUAUCUAUUUACAACCUUAAGUUUUCUGGUGGUUUUUCGCAGCUUGUACGUCAUGAUCAAACUAAAGAAAGCACAUGUUUUGAAGAAAGACCACCGCUUCUUUAUGAACUUACUUCUUCUAGUGUUUGGCUCGACUCGCGCAGUGCUUUUCCUCUCGAAUCCCUACGGAUCAGAUCCUGAUGUUACCAAAACAGAGCUGGUAAUCUGCAUCAUCACGUUUGGCUUCGGAACUGCAUGUAUCACAUCAGCAUUUAGUUUCGUACUGUUGAUUAUUCUCGAAAGCACUCGUAUUUCGCUUGUGCCAAGCAAGUUUCAAAAUAGAGGCUUUCUCCUUGGAGUAUGUAUUAUCAACAUACUUUACGUAAUCACCUCCGACAUAAUCGUUGCGCAUUUUCCCGUGGCCAAAGCAAUGAUUCUAGUCUGUCAAGUAUUACUUGCCAUCUGGGGAUUUAUGAUUGCAUUGGGCUUCGCUCUGGCCGGCGCACGACUUUGGCGAAACUUAAAGGCUUCACGGCAAACUGCUCAGUUCGACCCUGGACUGGCAACUGAGAGUAAGAAAGUCACAAGACUGGUGUUUUUGCUUUUUUCGGCAUCGUUUUGUGGAGUGGUGAUGUUCUCUACAAUUUUUUACUUAGCUUUUGGCGACACGGGAGUAUAUAAUGAGAUUGGAUUAGUACGGAAUUGGCCGUGGAUCGUUGUCCAGACAUUAAUGCGAACAUCCGAGACAUUGAUGUGCCUACUGAUAUUUUUAGUUGCUUUGAAGACAAGAAAUAUUAAGUCUGCAAACAACAAUCAAGUCGACAGUUACUCAAAAUCUUAGGGGCUAAUAAAUCGGCAUGAUUAGCUUUAAAUACAACCAUGGCGCACAUGUCGUCACCAGGGUUCCGCAAUUGAUGAAAACUUUUCUCGAAAAAUAGACGAGGAUUAUAAAUCUUAAUGUUAAAUUUGUAUCGCCCAAAUAAAUUUGUUAAACUUUCAUGGCGGAAUGGAUUAUGAAAAAGUUAUCUCAGCUUAAACUAAAUGUGAUUACUCUAUCACCAAUAUAAAUAAAAAAUAAAAUAAGCUUCUCCUACUCCAUGCACUUAUUUACAUUAAUUUAAUUAACCACUAUUUCUUGUUGUAUAAGCUUGCC